AUGGAAAAGUGUGUCAAUGACUUAAUGGCCAAAGCUGUUGAUGGAAAUAAGUGGAAGAUGUUCAGCAAAGUAUCCGUUGAAAUAGGCAGCACAGUCUGGCCUCUGAACCCGAGAGACCAACGACGUUUUGGGAUGCGAUACGUCUAUGAUGGCGAGAUUACCAGUGGAGACGGUGUUGAAUACAACAAAUUCCAGAUGCUGUCCAAUGAUGGAAAGGUUCCGGCUCCUAUCAACCAGUGGAAGGAGAAUAACGGCGGUCCAAAUCCUGUGAUGGCUACCGCAUAUUUGAAGAAGAGUGGUACAAAGGAGGAUGUCGAGGAGGGCCUUAAAGAAGGCGCGAAGUUGAUCGAGACUUAG